AUGGAUGAAGCGGUUCCUACAAGGAAAAUUAGAGAAGGUAGGCUUACCCUCGUUGGCAAGCUGUUUCAAAACCCAAAGAUAAACUUUCUAGCUUUCCAAAACACAAUGAGGAGAGCAUGGAGACUUGAGAAUGUAACCUUCUCCUUUUUGGAAUCUGGGAUUUAUGCCAUUACUUUUAUGACUGAGGCAGAACUUUUGAGGGUGUAUGAGACUGGUCCUUGGUCCUUUUUGAGCCAUCUAUUGAUUCUCAAAAAAUGGGAGCCAGAUAUGUCUCCACACCGUUAUGAGUUUGACAUGUGUCCUUUUUUGGUGCAAAUCUGCGGACUUCCAUUUGAAUGGCUUAUAGAAGAAGUGAUUCUUAGAGCUGUUAAAAGUCUUAGUCUGGUUAUGGAUGUGAAGGUUGAUGCGAAGGGUAUUGCUGCUCACAAAAUUGGGAAGGCAAAAUUCCUAUUAGAUGUGACAACCCCCUUAAAAUCUGGAUUUAUUGCUAGUAAGGGAGGGAAAAAGCUCUGGUUGGAUUAUAAGUAUGAGAGGCUCCUUGACUUCUGCUACUCUUGCGGUAGAUUUGGGCAUUACGCCAAUUAUUGUGAAGAAGUGGAAUUCAAAUAUGAGAACUUGGAAACUAAGGAUAAGUGUCUCUAUGGCCGGUGGCUAAAGGUCCAAGUACAGGGUCAUAAUCCUUUUAUGAAGCUUUUUUAUGGGGAGUUAAAGGAGGAGGACAUAGAGGAGGAAAUUAUCCCCGAGACUCUAGUACAUUCCCUCUAG